CCCCCCCAAAGCUCAAGAAGACCCUAAAAGGCAGUUCUUAUUGACUGAUAAAACGGGAAAAAAAAUCAUAGAAAAAUAAUCAUAGAAGGAAUACUGAUGAAGCACCGGAGAAGAAGAACGGUCUUUAACUGUGGGAUACAAGUUCCUUCAACACAACCUGAGGAGGAUAAAAUGAUCUGAGAGUGUGUGGAAAGUUGUAUUCCGUUCUGUUUAAGACGACAGUAGAAAAGACGUUAUGUUGUGUGCUCAGGGAAUUGGUGCCUUGGCUCUUUUCUACUGUGUAAUAACAGUGACUGCACUGAUAGACUCUGAUGAUGUCAUCACCCGAGACGAGCAGAUCUACGUUCUGAUUGGUGCUCACGCCAGGUGUGAAAGGAACAUCCAGGCACAAAUGGCCCUGGUUAAAGAGGGUGACUGCGUCCCAGAGUGGGAUGGGAUCAUCUGCUGGCCACGGAGCGGAGCGGGUCAGCUGGUCUCAGUGCUGUGUCCGGAAUACAUCUACGACUUCAACCACAGAGGGCGAGCCUACCGCCAGUGUGAUGCAUCGGGAAACUGGGAGCAGGUGUUCAGUAUCAACCGCACUUGGGCUAACUACACAGAGUGCACCGCAUACUUGACCUCCAACCACAGGAGCCAAGAGGAGAAGGUGUUUGAGAGACUCCAUCUCAUGUACACUGUUGGCUACUCCAUUUCUCUAGCAUCGCUGUUGGUAGCAGUCUCCAUCCUCUGCUAUUUCAAGCGUCUCCACUGCACACGCAAUUACAUCCACAUUCACCUUUUCACCUCCUUCAUAUGUCGAGCAGUCAGCAUUUUUGUGAAGGACGCUGUGCUCUACUCCAUAUCUGAUGACAUUAAGGCUGAGCCUGUGUUCACUGCACAGAAGCCCCAUAUGGCCGGUUGUAAAGUUGCUGUUACUCUCUUCCUGUACUUCCUGGCGACCAAUCACUACUGGAUCCUGGUGGAGGGGUUGUACCUACAUAGCCUAAUCUUCAUGGCCUUCCUCUCCGACAAGAACUACCUGUGGGCCCUCACCAUCAUCGGUUGGGGUGUUCCAGCUGUGUUUGUGUCCAUUUGGGUCAGUGCACGAGCAUCACUGGCAGACACGCAAUGUUGGGACAUCAGUGCCGGAAACCUGAAGUGGAUCUAUCAAGUUCCCAUUCUGGCAGCCAUUGUUGUGAAUUUCCUCCUCUUCGUCAACAUAAUCCGAGUGUUGGCCUCUAAACUGUGGGAGACCAACACUGGUAAACUGGAUCCUCGACAGCAGUACCGGAAGCUGCUCAAGUCCACAUUAGUCCUCAUGCCCUUGUUUGGAGUUCACUACAUGGUGUUCAUGGCUCUUCCCUACACUGAGGUCACCGGGCUGCUGUGGCAGGUGCAGAUGCAUUACGAGAUGUUCUUCAACUCUUCCCAGGGCUUUUUUGUGGCUUUUAUCUACUGUUUCUGCAAUGGGGAGGUGCAGGCAGAGGUAAAGAAGGCGUGGUUGAGACGCAGCCUCGCUCUGGACCUCAAACAGAAAGCCAGGAUGACCAGCAGCGGCGGUGGAGGCAGCUGUUACUACGGCGGCAUGAUGUCACACACCACCACACACAGCGUCAGCUUGUCUGCCGCCAAUCCCAGAGCGCUUUCCUUCACCGGAGGUGUGGUGGGAUCAGGGGGAGCUGCGGGUGGCGGGUCAGGGGCCAGGCCGCCACGCCACACCUCGCUCCACCCCCAAACCAGCCUGCCUGGAUACGUGCCUGGUGAUACUGAGACCUCAGGAGUUUUUGCUAGGCAUGUCAGAACCAGCAAGGGAAAUAAUGACUCCAAAAGUCAUGGAGUACCUUCAACCCAAACCCCUGGAGCAGAAGAUCCAGACAGCUCCUUAUCUCUGAAAGAGCUGGAGACCAUCUUGUGAUUGUCUUGAUACUGUCUGUGGGUCAGAUGAGCAGAAAAGAAAUGUUGGACUCAUUCGCAGUAGUGGAUUUUUCUGGCUUCAUCUGAUUAGAGCGGUCAUCUGUACAAAAUCCUCUAUGUUGAGGCACAGAACUGAUGACCCACCAAAGCAGACAUCUUAAGGAUUUACUUGCAUUGAGAUUGUUUUGUUGAGGUCAAGAAUGAGCUUUCAGUCUCAACUUGUGAGCCAGCUUCAAUGAGAAGUCCUUAAAGUGCUUUCAAUUGAUGUAAAAGAAAUGUGAAAAAAAAUAUAAAUGAAGCUAAGUUAUCUGUCAGGAUGUGAUGCUGUAGAGAAUUCAGAAAAGUCAAAGGACAGACCUGGAUGUUGAGACGGUGAGAUUUUUUUGUGAUUUUUUCUCCCUCCUCACUUCGUUGCUGUGUUGGAUUUUCCAAGCAAGACUGGCUGACCCCAGUUCAAACUGCACUUACGUGUGUGUCUGUGUUUGUGUGUGUGUGUGUGUGUG